AUGUUUUGCAGUUCAUGUGGCGUGGUUUGUGAGCCCGAUUCAUUUUUUUGUCACGCAUGUGGUUGUAGAGUUGACGUUACGGAGGGUUCAAGAACGAAUAUUGAUGAUAUAAUAACAGAUUACUUUUAUCGUGGCUAUCAAUAUAGUGCAAUUUUAGGUUUGCUUAAAAAGCACCAAGGAGUACAGAUCCAUGUAAGAACACUUAAAAGGAAACUCAAGGAGCUUGGAUUAAAACGAAGAGAAGCUAAUUAUGACGAAGAAACUGUUCGACAGUGUAUUGAGCAGGAGAUGCAAGAAGCAGGUAGCCUGGCUGGGUAUCGUUAUAUCUGGCAUGCCCUGAGAUUGAGACAUCAUCUGAAUGUCCCACGACGACUAGUAGCGAUAAUCAUGAAAGAAAUCGACCCUGAUGGAGUUAGAGCGAGGAGAGCUGGGCGGUUGACAAGAAGAAAUUACAUUUCCCUUGGGCCAAAUUUCGCAUGGCACAUUGACGGUACAGAUUUUUAUUAUUUUCAUUAUUAAAUUACAAGGGAGAUGAGAAGCGAUAUACGCCUUUUCGGAGGGGGGGGGAGGGGGUUGGACACUAUGUUAGCUAGGUCAGAUUUAGGUCGGCAUUUUUUUCCGACCUCAAUUUUGACGCUUUUCGAGGGCAGAUUUAAAAAUUAAAAGGUCAAAAUUUUCAAAAUUUGUGAAUUCCUCCAUUUUGAAAUUGUUUACAGCAAUAAAGAAAAUAAAAUUCAAAGUUUGUUAUACUAGACUGAUUUUCAUUGGCUGUAGACAAGAGUGCGAUUACAGCUCAGAAAAGGUGCGAUCAAUGCUCAAAUCGCCACUCAUGUAAAUCAAUGAAAUUGCAGUAUUUGCCACUGAUUACAGAAGAUAAAUAAUUAAUAAUUGUACUCCUCUCAACCGACCAGAAUCCAGUAAUUUUAUCAUGCUAAUAGUAAUUACUAUAAUACCCCCGCAUUUUCAUGCAUAUUUGCAUUUACGUGGUGUUUCCACAAACAAAAAAGUAUUAUGUUUUAUCUCCAUGCAAACCUACAAAGAACUAAUUAAUAUGUCUUCAUUUUAUUAAGGGUACGACAAGCUGAAACCCUAUGGGUUUCCUAUCCACGGGUGUAUUUGCGGAUAUAGUAGAAAGAUAAUUUGGUUGGAACUUGUGAAAUCUAACAAUAACCCCAAGAUUCCUGCCAGAUUGUAUCUUGAUGCUGUUGAGAAUGUGAAAGGGUGUCCCCGUGUUGUACGGUCGGAUUGCGGCACCGAGAAUGUUAUUAUUGCUGGGAUGCAGUCUUAUUUUAGAGCAGAUGGAAAUGAUGAAUUUGCAGGCACAAAAGCACACCAGUAUGGGUCAUCGCCAGCAAACCAACGUAUAGAAGCCUGGUGGUCUUUUUUUCGGCGAAGCAACUCAAGUUGGUGGAUUAAUUUAUUCAAAGAUAUGUGUGAAUCCGGAGUUCUGGAACUCGGCAACAACUUCCAUAUGCAAUGUUUAUGGUUCUGCUUUUCAAGAUUAAUCCAAAAUGAACUUGAUAAAGUAAUGGAUCAGUGGAACAGUCACUACAUAAGACGAUCACGACAUGACACUGUCCCUGGGGUACCUGACAUCCUGUAUUACCUUCCAGAAAUGUCUGCUGCUGUUGACUGUCUUGUACCUGUUCCUCAAGCUAAACUACAUGAAGUCGAACCACAAUGCCAUAUUGAUAUAGAGGAGGACUUACAUGAAGAAUACUUUGAGUACACUAUGGAAACAGAAGAUUGGGAGUAUCCUGCUAACGUAGAAAAUGCUUUUGAUCUUUUUCAAAAAUUCAACAAUAUACAACAUGUGUAA